AUGGAGCCUUCCUCACAACAAGAUGAGGGCAUGAAGAAGAAACAGCCCAAGAAACCUGUUCCUGAGAUCCUGCCGAGGCCUCCCAGGGCCUUGUUCUGCUUGACUCUCCAGAACCCUCUAAGGAAGGCCUGCAUCAGCAUCGUGGAGUGGAAACCCUUCGAGACCAUCAUCUUGCUCACCAUCUUUGCCAACUGUGUGGCCCUGGCAGUGUACCUACCCAUGCCUGAAGAUGACAACAACACUCUGAACCUUGGCUUGGAGAAACUAGAAUACUUCUUCCUCAUCGUCUUCUCCAUUGAGGCUGCCAUGAAGAUUAUAGCCUACGGCUUCCUAUUCCAUCAGGAUGCUUACCUGCGUAGUGGCUGGAACGUGCUGGACUUCAUCAUCGUCUUUCUGGGGGUCUUCACUGUGAUCCUGGAACAAGUUAACAUUAUUCAAACCAACACAGCCCCCCUGAGCAGCAAAGGAGCCGGUUUGGAUGUGAAGGCCCUGCGAGCUUUCCGUGUGCUCAGACCCCUCCGGCUGGUGUCAGGGGUGCCCAGCCUUCAGGUAGUCCUUAACUCCAUCUUCAAGGCCAUGCUGCCCCUGUUCCACAUUGCUCUGCUCGUCCUCUUCAUGGUCAUCAUCUACGCCAUCAUUGGGCUGGAACUCUUCAAGGGCAAGAUGCACAAGACUUGCUACUUUAUCGGGACAGACAUUGUGGCCACAGUAGAGAAUGAGAAGCCAUCACCCUGUGCUAGAACUGGCUCUGGGCGCCCCUGCACCAUCAAUGGCAGUGAAUGCCGAGGAGGCUGGCCGGGACCCAACCAUGGCAUCACCCACUUCGACAACUUUGGCUUCUCUAUGCUCACCGUGUACCAAUGCAUCUCCAUGGAGGGGUGGACCGAUGUCCUAUACUGGGUCAACGAUGCCAUCGGGAAUGAGUGGCCCUGGAUCUAUUUUGUCACCCUCAUUCUGUUGGGUUCCUUCUUCAUCCUCAACCUGGUACUGGGUGUCCUAAGCGGGGAAUUCACCAAGGAGCGAGAGAAGGCCAAGUCCAGGGGAACCUUCCAAAAACUCCGGGAGAAGCAGCAGCUGGAGGAAGACCUUCGCGGCUACAUGAGCUGGAUCACACAGGGCGAGGUCAUGGAUGUGGAGGACCUGAGAGAAGGCAAGCUCUCUUUGGAUGAAGGGGGCUCAGACACAGAGAGCUUGUAUGAAAUCGAGGGCUUGAACAAAAUCAUCCAGUUCAUUCGACACUGGAGGCAAUGGAACCGCGUCUUCCGCUGGAAGUGUCACGACCUGGUGAAAUCCAAGGUCUUCUAUUGGCUGGUGAUCCUGAUCGUUGCCCUCAACACCCUGUCUAUUGCCUCGGAGCACCACAACCAGCCCCUUUGGCUGACUCAUUUGCAAGAUGUCGCCAACCGCGUGCUGCUGGCUCUCUUCACCAUCGAGAUGCUGCUGAAGAUGUACGGGCUGGGCCUGCGCCAGUACUUCAUGUCCAUCUUCAACCGCUUCGACUGCUUCGUGGUAUGCAGCGGCAUCCUUGAGAUCCUGUUGGUGGAGUCGGGAGCCAUGUCACCACUGGGCAUCUCUGUGCUCCGCUGCAUCCGGCUCCUGAGGCUCUUCAAGAUCACCAAGUACUGGACAUCCCUGAGCAACCUGGUGGCGUCGCUGCUCAACUCCAUCCGUUCCAUCGCCUCUCUGCUGCUGCUGCUCUUCCUCUUCAUCAUCAUCUUUGCCCUGCUGGGCAUGCAGCUCUUCGGGGGCCGAUAUGACUUCGAAGACACAGAAGUACGACGCAGCAACUUCGACAACUUCCCCCAGGCCCUCAUCAGUGUCUUCCAGGUCCUGACAGGCGAAGACUGGAACUCUGUGAUGUACAAUGGGAUCAUGGCCUACGGAGGCCCAUCCUACCCCGGCGUGCUCGUCUGCAUUUAUUUCAUCAUCCUUUUCGUCUGUGGCAACUACAUCCUGCUUAACGUCUUCCUGGCUAUUGCUGUGGACAACCUGGCAGAGGCAGAAAGCCUGACUUCUGCCCAGAAGGCCAAAGCCGAGGAGAGGAAGCGCAGGAAGAUGUCUAAGGGGCUCCCAGACAAGUCUGAAGAAGAGAAGGCCACGAUGGCUAAGAAGCUGGAGCAGAAAUUCAAGGGUGAAGGCAUCCCCACCACGGCCAAGCUGAAAAUUGACGAGUUCGAAUCUAACGUCAAUGAGGUGAAAGACCCCUACCCUUCGGCUGAUUUCCCAGGCGAUGAUGAGGAAGAUGAACCUGAGAUCCCAGUAAGCCCCCGGCCACGCCCUCUGGCCGAGCUGCAGCUGAAAGAGAAAGCAGUGCCCAUUCCAGAGGCCAGCUCCUUCUUCAUCUUCAGCCCCACCAAUAAGAUCCGUGUCCUUUGCCACCGCAUUGUCAACGCCACCUGGUUCACCAACUUUAUCCUGCUCUUCAUCCUGCUCAGCAGUGCUGCGCUGGCCGCUGAGGACCCCAUCCGAGCUGACUCCAUGAGGAACCAGAUCCUUGAGUAUUUUGAUUAUGUGUUCACUGCUGUUUUCACCGUGGAGAUUGUCCUGAAGAUGACCACCUAUGGAGCCUUCCUGCACAAAGGUUCCUUCUGCCGCAACUACUUCAACAUCCUGGACCUGCUGGUGGUGGCCGUAUCCCUCAUUUCCAUGGGGCUCGAGUCCAGCGCCAUCUCUGUGGUGAAGAUACUGAGAGUUCUGAGGGUGCUGCGACCACUCCGAGCCAUCAACAGAGCCAAAGGGUUGAAGCAUGUGGUACAGUGCGUGUUUGUCGCCAUCCGCACCAUCGGGAACAUCGUGCUGGUCACCACCCUCCUCCAGUUCAUAUUUGCCUGCAUCGGAGUCCAGCUUUUCAAGGGGAAGUUCUACAGCUGCAAUGACUUAUCCAAGAUGACUGAAGAGGAGUGCAGGGGCUAUUACUACAUCUACAAGGAUGGAGACCCCACACAGAUAGAGCUGCGUCCCCGCCAGUGGGUACACAACGACUUCCACUUCGACAAUGUGCUCUCGGCCAUGAUGUCGCUCUUCACAGUCUCCACCUUCGAGGGCUGGCCUCAGCUACUGUACAAGGCCAUAGACUCCAAUGAGGAGGACACGGGCCCCAUCUACAACAACCGAGUGGAGAUGGCGAUCUUCUUCAUCAUCUACAUCAUCCUCAUUGCCUUCUUCAUGAUGAACAUCUUUGUGGGCUUUGUCAUUGUCACCUUCCAGGAGCAGGGGGAGACUGAGUAUAAGAACUGUGAGCUGGACAAGAACCAGCGCCAAUGUGUACAGUAUGCCCUGAAGGCCCGCCCACUGAGGUGUUACAUCCCCAAAAAUCCAUACCAGUAUCAGGUGUGGUACGUUGUCACCUCUUCCUACUUUGAAUACCUGAUGUUUGCCCUCAUCAUGCUCAACACUAUCUGCCUAGGCAUGCAGCAUUACAACCAGUCGGAACAGAUGAACCACAUCUCGGACAUUCUCAACGUAGCCUUCACCAUCAUCUUCACCCUGGAGAUGGUCCUCAAGCUCAUAGCGUUCAAGCCCAGGGGCUAUUUUGGAGAUCCUUGGAAUGUGUUUGACUUCCUGAUCGUCAUUGGCAGCAUCAUCGAUGUCAUCCUGAGUGAGAUCGAUACUUUCCUGGCCUCCAGCGGGGGACUGUAUUGCCUGGGUGGAGGCUGCGGGAACGUUGACCCAGAUGAGAGCGCCCGCAUCUCCAGCGCCUUCUUCCGCCUGUUCCGGGUCAUGCGACUGAUCAAGCUGCUGAGCCGGGCAGAGGGUGUGCGCACCCUGCUGUGGACAUUCAUCAAGUCCUUCCAGGCCCUGCCAUACGUGGCUUUGCUCAUUGUCAUGCUCUUCUUCAUCUACGCCGUCAUCGGGAUGCAGAUGUUCGGAAAGAUAGCCAUGGUGGACGGGACGCAAAUAAAUCGGAACAACAACUUCCAGACUUUUCCUCAAGCUGUGUUGCUGCUCUUCAGGUGUGCCACAGGGGAAGCCUGGCAAGAGAUCCUGCUGGCCUGCAGUUACGGGAAGCUGUGUGACCCAGAGUCAGACUAUGCCCCGGGGGAGGAGUAUACGUGUGGCACCAACUUCGCCUACUACUACUUCAUCAGCUUCUACAUGCUCUGUGCCUUCCUGAUCAUCAACCUCUUUGUGGCUGUCAUCAUGGACAAUUUUGACUACCUCACAAGGGACUGGUCCAUUCUGGGCCCUCACCACCUGGAUGAGUUCAAGGCCAUCUGGGCCGAGUAUGAUCCGGAGGCUAAGGGCAGAAUCAAGCACCUGGAUGUGGUGACCCUGCUGAGGAGGAUCCAGCCCCCUCUGGGCUUCGGGAAGUUCUGCCCACACAGGGUAGCAUGUAAGAGGCUGGUGGGCAUGAACAUGCCCCUCAACAGCGAUGGCACAGUCACCUUCAACGCCACACUCUUCGCCCUGGUGCGCACAGCCCUCAAGAUCAAGACGGAAGGCAACUUCGAACAAGCCAAUGAGGAGCUGAGAGCCAUCAUCAAAAAGAUAUGGAAGAGAACCAGCAUGAAGCUCCUGGACCAAGUCAUCCCUCCCAUAGGAGAUGAUGAGGUGACAGUGGGGAAGUUCUACGCCACAUUCCUCAUCCAGGAACACUUCCGGAAGUUCAUGAAGCGCCAGGAGGAGUAUUAUGGGUAUCGACCCAAAAAGGACACGGUUCAGAUACAGGCUGGAUUACGGACCAUAGAGGAAGAGGCAGCUCCCGAGAUCCACCGCGCCAUCUCAGGAGAUCUGACAGCAGAGGAGGAACUGGAGAGAGCCAUGGUGGAGGCUGCCAUGGAGGAGGGAAUAUUCCGGAGGACUGGAGGCUUGUUUGGGCAAGUGGACAACUUCCUGGAAAGGACCAACUCCCUGCCCCCUGUCAUGGCCAACCAAAGACCCCUCCAAUUUUCUGAGAUGGAGAUGGAGGAGCUGGAGUCACCCGUCUUCUUGGAGGACUUCCCUCAUAACUCAGGCACCCAUCCUCUUGCUCGUGCCAAUACCAACAAUGCCAAUGCCAAUGUUGCCUAUGGCAACAGCAACCAUAGAAACAGCCCGGUGUUUUCCAGCGUCUGCUAUGAAAGGGAGUUCCAGGAAGACACAGACAUACCUGCUACCAGAGAAGGACCCUUCAGUCAGCCCUGCAGGGGCUCUGGACCUCACGGCAAUUCCCAUGUGCACAAACCGAAAGGACUGAUGACCCAGAGAGAGAUGCCUGGAGGCCAGGUGCCUCCUUUCCCAGGCCAGGUAACAAAGGCAAAGCGCUGGGAGGAAGCAGAGCCUCCUGUGCAGGAAGAGAAUAAUGGCUCCUUGCUAAGGUCUCUGGGAACACCCCACAGUGGGAACUUUGAGGAGAGUGUUCCCAGGAACUCAGCUCACAGGUGCAAGGCUCCAGCUACUGCUUUCCUGAUCCAGGAGGCUCUGGUUCGAGGACGGCUAGACUCCUUAGCAGCAGAUGCUAACUUCGUCAUGGCAACAGGCCAGGCCCUGGCGGAUGCCUGCCAGAUGGAGCUAGAGGAAGUAGAGGUGGCAGCAACAGAGCUACUGAACCGAGAAUCCCCAGAGGGCAGAGCCAUGCCCUGGGAGGCUUGA